AUGGGUUCCAGGGAUUUGGCAAUAGCAGUCUUCAUCUUGUUAUCACAGACGAUAGUUGGAAUCCUGGGCAAUUUCUCUCUUCUUCACCAUUAUGUCUUCCAUUACCACACGAAAGGGAGGCUGAGAUCCAUAAAGUUGAUUCUCAUGCACCUGAUGAUAGCCAACUCCUUGGUGAUGCUUUCUAGAGGUGUCCCCAAGACAUUGGCAGCUUUUGGGGUGAAAGGUCUCUUCAAUGAGUUUGGAUGCAAACUUCUUUUGUAUGUUCUGAGAGCGGGCAGGGGAAUGUCCAUGGGCAGCACCUGCCUCUUGAGUGUCUUUCAGACCAUCAUGAUCAGCCCCAUGAACUCCUGUUGGAAGGACCUUAAAGUCAAAGCUCCAAAGUAUAUUGGCUUGUUCAUUACCCUCUUCUGGAUCAUAUAUAUAAUACUAAACCUUAUAUUUCCUAUGUAUGUAUUCUAUGUGUCAUGGAAACCAAGCAGCCAAAACAUCACAAACAAUAGGGAUUAUGGGUACUGUUCUACAUCUGACCAGGACAAAAUCUCAGGGACACUCUAUACCAUACUGAUAGUAUUCCCUGAAGUUUCACUUACUGGGCUGAUGAUGUGGGCCAGCAGCUUCUUCGAGUACCACAGCCUUGAAAGGGGCUACUCCAAGAAACAAGCCAAAGUGCGCAUGACGGGCAGUCCCAAAUACCGCUGA